ACCUUAAACUCCCGAUAAACCCGAAAGUCUUGCAGCGCACGGCUGGUGUGACUCUCAAGGAAUCCGCUCGUCUCGGUGUGUACAAAACUGGCGUCUAUGAAGCUUUCACGGCUGGUACUCCCGCCAAGAAACCCACUUUAGGCGCCACGAGCACGCCGCCGCACAUUUACAUCAUCGCCGACACUACGCCGGGUGAAGAAUCAGAGACCGCCAUCGAUGGGCGCCAGUAUAUCGUCGAUCUUCUGAGCGCGAAUGCUGGAAUGAGUAUGGUUGACGCCCAAAAUUCGGUGGAAAUUUCAAGGGCAACUUUCCCGACUCGAUGGCCUGACACGUUCGACGUCGCUCAGUACGCGACUGCGGGCUUGUUCACUCCUCCGCUCGGCUCGUCCGAAGGAGGCCAAGGUUUGCGCAUGCCGUUUGACGAGGUCUACGCCGCGGAAUCACGAGAUGAUCACGUCUGUGUGACUCCUUCUUGCACUCAAAGCCGUCACCAUCACCUCGGCGCCAAGCUGUCUCAUAUGGCUGUCUGGAAGAAGGCGCUCGCGCGGGGUGAUGAACAUGUCGUCGUCUGGGAGCAAGACGGUAGAGGAAUCCACUCGGUUAGCCCACUCGACUACGCUGAGCUCGGACGUCAGCUUCCGGCUGAUACCGACAUGGUUUGGCUUGUCAACACUCCUCGAGGACCCGGUCAGUUUGUGAAGAAGUUCCGCUCCAAGGCGACUGGAACUUGGGGCGACAAAACGCAAGGCGCCACACGUGGGGACUGGAUUGAUCCUUCAACGCGCAGCGUCAAUGACUCAAAGUCCGUGUACUUGUACAAGUUCGACAGACUCUGCGGGUGGGCCGGCGCUGGUGCUCUCAUGCUCACUAAGAGAGGUAUGGAGAGACUCAGCAAGUAUGGCUCAGAGAAGGGUGUCGACAUGAUAGAUGCCUGGCUCGCUGGCCGGUGCAUUGCGACGGGCGACGGACUCGAUCUGAAGUGUUACACUGCGAUGACAGCGCCGAUUAGCCCUAAGAACCUCGGUGGGUACGUUCCAGAGUGGUACAGCGACGUGAACGUCGAUGAGGGCACCGUGCCGCAAGAGCAAAUUGAUGAGAUCGAACGCGACCCGCACCUGUACAACAGGCUCGGAUGCGAACGAGGUGGCGCGGAGUUCGAGCACACGUACGCCUGGCUCCCGGUCGGUACGGUGGAUCAAACUAGGAACUGUCACGCACCGAGCGGCGAAGCUGCCGCUCGCCACGGAUUUAAGGCAUGCGACCCCAACCAGGAACUGCCUAUCAAGGUCGAGACGCUGUGGAGCUCUCGCGCGAGCUCGCGCGCGAGCUCGCGCGCGAACGCGCGACUCGACGCCGAGCUCGGCUACCCUAGACUCGCGGUGUAA